UUUGGUUAAACCGGAAGUUGAGUGAGCUGACGCAUGUCUACGCAAACAGCUGUGUGGGGCCCAAAACAUAAAACGUCAGAAAGCAUUUUACUUUCGGAAUUACAUCUGGAUCAAAAUGACUACUGCUGAAAAAUAUCCUAGGUCUUCGAUUGAAGAUGACUUCAACUAUGGGACAAACGUUGCGACUGCCAGUGUUCAAAUCCGUAUGGAUUUCCUGCGUAAGGUGUACACCAUCCUGUCCCUUCAGAUCAUUCUGACAACGGCUACUUCUGCUCUAUUCAUGUUCUGUGACUCCAUCAAGGACUUUGUUCAUUCAAGUCCAGCAGUAGUGUUGGUGUCGGCUGUCGGAUCCCUGGUGUUGAUCUUUGCCUUGGCCAUCUACAGACACCAACACCCCAUCAACCUCUACCUCCUGGCUGCAUUCACCCUGUUGGAGGCCAUCUCUGUGGCCACAGCACUGACCUUCUAUGAGUACGGCAUCGUCCUCCAGGCCUUCUUCCUGACGGCGGCCGUGUUCCUGGGGCUCACCGCCUACACCUUCCAGUCCAAGAGAGACUUCAGUAAACUGGGGGCUGGACUAUUCGCAGGCCUGUGGAUUCUUAUCAUUGCUGGUUUCAUGAAGCUCUUCUUCCAGAACGACACGUUGGAGCUGGUGUUCGCGGGUGCAGGAGCUCUGCUGUUCUGCGGGUUCAUCAUCUACGACACCCACAUCCUGAUGCACCAGCUGUCCCCCGAGGAGCACGUCCUGGCCUCCAUCAACCUCUACCUGGACAUCGUCAACCUCUUCCUGCACAUCCUCCGCAUGUUGGACUCCAUGAAGAAGAACUGAGGUCCCGAGGUGAACCGGGGCCUGACUCCCAAAUGGCACACUAUUCCCUAUUUAGUGCACUUCUUUUGGACCAGGCCGAUAGGGUCCCAAGUGGCACUCUAUUCCCUACGUGGUGUGCUACUGUAGUACCCUAACCCUAUACUGUAUGCCAUUAUGGGAUUCGUGUGCCGUUUGGGACACCCACUUUGAGCACUGCUGCUUACCUCACAGGUCAACUCAAAUUCUUGAUUCAGCGAAACCUUUAAUUCAGUAAAUAAAUGAAAUAAAUGGGGGUUACGGGUUUAUGAAUGGAUUCAUGAGCUGAGAGCAGAAUUGACCUCCAAACAUUUAGCCAAGUUAGGACCAACAGUGGUUGAUCAGUAACCCAUUAAUGUUUAAUCCUGGAAAUAAUGUUAUUAGAACCUGUAAUUCUGUGUCUGUAUUUUGGAACUGAAGCGUUUUUAAGAUGUAUACUGUAUUUUGUUUAUGCUGAAUGGGUAAUAUGUUUAACUGUGGGUGCGGAUAAAAAAAAAAAAAGCUUCAUUAUAGAUUUUAGUAAAUUACUCAUUGCUAACGUUCAUCCCCUUUGUAUUAAUUAGCCACACUCUAGUAUAAUAAAGUUAUUUGAUCAAUCUAUAAAAAUGUAAUAGUACUGACAGUAUUGUUACACUUAAAAGUACACUACUUUUGACAAGUGCUCAUUAGGGGUGGAGCUUAAGAUCUGUCAGCAGAGUGACCCUCUGGGACGAGAGAACCAGUUUGACCAGUUCUACAAUCAGCUCAUGCAAUAUUAACAGUAAAAUAAAAAUAGAUUGUGGGUUUGCAUUUGAAAUCAUGUAAAUACUAUAUUAAGUCAUUUUACCGGCCUCUUUUAUUCUUGGAUAAUUUAUUAACAAGACCGCAAGUGCAAUACAAA